CCAGUGACAUAUUGGAGGACUGGCAGCAAGAGGCACAGCCUGCUGUUAUUCCACAAGGACAGAGAGGCAAUUCUGCAAGAAGCCAGUGGAUCCCUUUGGACUAUAGAAAUCGAGACGCUUCCUUUUUGGACAAUGACAUCGCGGAGACCCAUGACACGGUCUUACUCAGGCAAUGGCAGAUGCAGCAGUCAGAAUGGAGAAGACGUCCCUUCGCCACGUAUGGACAGCCGCAACUACCUCUCAAACGUCCGGCCUGAGAACAGCUAUUCAGCUCACAGGUAUUCAAACUACAAACCCUGGAGGAGUACAUUUUGUACUGUCAUGGCUCAACUGACUGAAGAGACCCAGCCAUGUUUUGAGACCACUAUCAAGUCCAAGGCAGUAUCAGAAGCCUGCAAUGUGAAAUUCUCCUGUGUGGUUACAGGUCACCCAGUCCCUGAGCUGACUUGGUAUAAAGAUGACAUGGAAUUAGACAGAUACUGUGGUCUUCCCAAAUAUGAAAUUUUUCGCAAUGGAAAAACUCAUACGCUCCAUAUCUACAACUGCACUGUGGAUGAUGCAGCCAUCUAUCAGGCCUCAGCCAGGAAUGGUAAAGGAAUCGUCUCUUGUUCAGGAGUUUUAGAGGUGGGCACCAUGAAUGAAUACAAGAUCCACCAGAGGUUCUUUGCCAAGCUUAAGCAAAAGGCUGAGCUAAAACGGCGAGAGCAGGAAGAGAUCCGGCGUCAAGAGGAGGAGAAGCUUCAGGAGGAAAGCCUGAGCUUCAAUCAGGACCAUUCUCUGAGGAAACGCAGGUUCUCUGAAGGUCUAGAACUAAACUCUCUGUCUGCCCUCUACGGUGGAGAGAGUGAAGACACACAGGAGGCAAUUGCUGAGGAACAGACAGCAUUGUUUGAUGAGGAGUAUAAUGGGCUUUCAGUGGAAACCCAUAGAUUGAGUUCAGAUUUAAGUGAAAACAAAGACAGACUGCAGCUUAACUAUGUUCACGAGAAGGCAGAAACAGGUGGCACAGCACAGGUCACCAAUGAGGAAGUGAGCAGAAAGAAGAACAGGAUCUCUAAUGGUUUUGAAGAUGCUGUUACCAACCAGCCUAGCCAAGUCACUGCAGAAGAAGAGGAUUCGCAUAAGGGAAUCAGUCUGACAGAGUACCUAUCCAAGUCUUUUCAAUCCCAAACUAGUGAGGAACAGCAGAAGGGUUUAGCUCCAUUGCAGGAGAUCAAAUGCUCUGACACCAGCACCAUUCAAGAAAAGGAACGUGACAGGGGGAAAGAGAUUGAGAAGGAGUGGAUGAAAACAGUAGAAAGGAAAAAAGAGCAGGAAAGAUGCCAAGAAAGAGAGCAAGAAAAAGUGGCCCAGCUCGAGCCUGAGCACAGUGUUGCAGCUGUUUCUGAGGCUAAGGCUCCAGCACCCAGAGAGGCUGAUCAGGCUGAUCACCUGCAGAAAUCAGCAUUCAGUUCAGUGUUUCACUCCCUGAAGGGCAUGCUCUUUGGUAAAAGCAAGAAAUCACCUGAAACUACCAAGAAAGUCAGUGACGUUAAUGGUGAAAAAGAAAUCCCACUCCAUGUUCCUGAAGCACGUCCCCGUCUCCCACAAACACAACCCCAAGAGCCAGGAGUCUGUGUUGUAGGUUCACAGCAGCUUGUGCCAAUGGAGGUUGAUGAGCUCAAUCAAAGAAGUGAGCUCUCUGUGAACGGAGAGUCUCCCCAGAAAACGCCAGCCUCAUCACACCUGAAGACUGAAAUAGUGGGCUUGAAUUUGAAGAAUGAUAGCAAUGGAUUUACCACUGAGAAUAUCUCAAUAACUUCUGGGAGACAUCCUGAAAGCUCCCGUGCCACACAGUUGAGCUCUCGAGAACAUGGAGAACAACAGAGCGUUAGCGAGGAGGGAGACCUAGAGGCAUUGCCAGAGAUCCCAUCUUCACAGCUUUUCAAGGCCGCAGGUGACCAUACAGAAGCAGGCAGAGGUGAGGACGCAGUGGGUCUGCCUCGUGAGAGUGCCGACCAGGAAUGUACCGCCACUGCAUAUCAGAUGGCACAAGCCAGGGAAGAAACACAUGCUACAGAGGAGAGAGAUGACACCGCAGACGUCACACACAGUCUGGAGGCCUCCCAGACAGGCCCAAACAGGACGGACCUGGAAAGAGACAUGCGCUUUUCUGAGGCUUGGCCUUCACAGACCGUUGACCGUGCCCCUCUUCUGGUGUCUAGUGACUCUGAGAAUGUGGAGGAAAUGAGAGUGGAUGAGGCAAGCUCAGAGCAUGACUCAUACACAGAUGAGAUUGGGGCUCCAACUGCAGAGGUCGCCGCAGAGGAAAACCUACCAAAAGUGCAAGAAGGAUAUUCCUUUACCAAAGGAAGUGAUGUCAUGAUGAAGGUGGCAGAGGCAUCAGUUGCUAAUGAGAAAACUGAUACUGUUGAGGUGGCGUCAAAGUCAGAUCUUUCUUUAAAUGACAGGGAUCAGGAAGGUGAUAUAGACUUUCAGGGUGUGUCCAUGCUAGCACUGGGUGUAAGUCAACAGGUCUUUCCAUUGCAGGACAGUGUAGUGGAAAAUGACUUAAGGCAAAAUAAAAAUUCCAUCCCAGCACUGGUGGUUGGUCCUGGGGAGAGUGAGAAGGAGGCAGGUACUGAUAGAGAUGAUAAAGAGGAAAAUGUUAGUGGUGCGGAAAAUAAGGAUCAUAUCACCAGUACAAAAGACAUGAACAGUAUUGAAGAAAAGAAGAAAAACAUUGUGGAACAAGAUGAAGGUACUGAAGAAAAGAAGGCAGAUAGAACUAAGAAGAAAGGAGAUAAUAGUCUUGGAGAAAACAAGAAUGAGCCAGCUACUUUAAAUAUGGCCAUAGAAGCAGAAAUGCCUAAAUACACAAGAAAUUCAGAAAUAGAGGAGAAACAGACUCAUUUAAACUCCAAUGUAGUAGAUAAACCAAAGAUAUUUACAAAAGCCCAGCCUGAGAGAUUCAUGGUCGAGUCUUGGGAACAAUCUGUGGUUCCUCCGAUCAUAAUUCUCCCAGACACAAGGGAAACAGUUAUUAAAAAUGUAGCAAAGAUGAGAGCUACUCCACUUGCUACAGAAAACAAGCUCACCAUGCCAGAAAAGGUAAAACGGGAGGAACCAGUGAGUAUCCCAAGAAUAGAUGCUUUGGUAACAGAACCUGAGAGAGUUCUGCAGCCCCUGGCCCAGGAAGUUGCAUGCAUAUUCAGAGACAGUGAACUCAAAUCAGAGGAACCGGUGAGUGAUGCAGAUAAUGCACCAAAUGAAGUCAUCAAAGAUCACAGAGUGGUGACUGUGGUAGAGCAUGUAGAUGCUACUCCAGCUCAGCAAGCCAGGAAUUUUGAUUGGGUACUAACUGUCCAAAAUAAACAGGAUAGUAAACAUCUAAUCCUAGAGCCCAGCGUGGGUGACAGAGAAGAACCGGCCAAGAUUAGCAGUGGGAAAUGCAGAGGAAAUGACAACAGCAGUAUCCCCAUAAUCAGUAUAGCAUGUGCUGAUGAUGUUGCAUCAUCUCAGGGUCAAGAGCAAGUAUGUGGAAAACCAAUCCUUCUCGAUGCUGGUUUUGUCCUGGACAACGCGGACCUUAAAAAGCAAGCCUAUACUAUCGCCUCUGUCUCCACAACACACAUGGAGGACACUGCAAAAAACAGUGCAAACAAGGACAGGGCAACAGAAAUUUUGACUACCAUGCUAAGAAAGGUUGAGGUUGAGCUGGCCCAUGUCACCAGCUCCAGCAGUGGUCCUGGAGAGGAAAAGUCCACACUGAUAAAAGAACAAAACAUGUCAGACAAAAGGUACUACGGAGAGAUUCACCUGAACUCGGAUGAUGUGUCCUCACAAUCAUCAGCAAAACCUUCUCAAAAUAGCACUGGCCCUGAUGUUGAUAAGGUUUCCCUACACAAAGCAGAACCUGAUGCUGACAGGCUCCAGAGGGAUAAACCUGCUAUGGAGAAGCUUGGCCUCACAACCCCUGUGGGACCCACGCUGCCCCCACUGAGCCCAGCCAGCCUGCGAAGGCUUAUGGCAAAGAAUAAUCCCAAUUUAGAGGGCCAGGGCUCUGCACCUGCCAUUUCGUCAGAUGGAAGUGAGAAAAAAGGGGACGAGAGUGGAGGCAGCACGCCCACAUCCGCUCUAUCCUGUGAGAGCAGCCCCAAAAUGAAGCGGCGUGACAGCCUGACCCUCAUCCCCUCCGCCACCCCAGAGGAACUGGCGUCUGGGGCUCGCAGAAAAAUCUAUCUCGCCAAGACCAAGUCUGAAGACGAGGGCUCAGACACCCAGAGUAGGAGAGACAGCCCGUACAUGUCCCCCAGCCAGGCUCGCAGAGCAGCUUUUCUGCAGCUGCAGAGUGGCCAGCAAACGCCACCCAUGGAAAGGCGCUCGCCCCUUUUAGGCCGCCGGAAAGCCACGUUGGAAGUGCCUAAAUCCAAGGAGGAAAUGUCAGAGGAACCCAACAGCACAACCCCUGAAAGCAAACCAGCAGAGAAGGAGAAGCUAGACCCCUUCAAGGCCCCUCAGGUAAUACGCAAGAUCAGGGGAGAGGCCUUCUCAGAUGCCUCGGGGCAUUUGAAGCUUUGGUGUCAGUUCUUCAAUGUGCUCAGUGACUCCACCAUCAAGUGGUUCAGGGAUGAAACAGAGAUUGUGGAGAUAAAAAGAAAUGCAGGGGAUGAGAGUCAAGUGGCACUAGCCAUUGUCCAGGCCUCCAACAGAGACUGUGGAGUUUACGGCUGCACAAUCAAGAACGAAUACGGCUCUGACACCACGGACUACUUACUCAGCACAGACAUACUGGCAGAGUUCUUCCUAAGGGAUGAUUUGGAAGUGGGAGAGGAGAUCGAGAUGAUGCCCCUGCUGUUCACCAAAGGCCUGGCUGACUCCAGCUACUGGGGCGAAAAGUUCUUUGGCCGCAUAAUGACUGAAGAGGUGCAGCUUGGGCAGGGCUGCAUGCACAAAACCAGCAGAGCAAAGGUCAUCUAUGGUCUGGACCCUAUCUUUGAGUCAGGAAGCACCUGCAUCGCUAAAGUGAGAAACCCCAUUGCAUACGGGACCAAAGAGGAGAACAACCUGGCGGAGAAAAAUCUAGAGGCCACCAAACAGGAAUGUAAAAUCCAGAACAUGAUUCGGGAAUACUGCAAAAUCUUUGCUGCUGAAGCAAGGGUGAUUGAAAACUUUGGCUUCUCAUUAGAAGUGAUUCCUCUAUAUUUAAUGUCCCGGCCGGCCAACACCAUCCCAUAUGCUACAGUGGAGGCUGAUCUGAAGGGGACAUACUUGACAUACUGCUUAAUGGACAACACUGGGAGUCUAGUCACUCAGUCCACCUCUGAGCUGGAACAGAAAUGCUGCACGUUCCAACACUGGAUUCACCAGUGGACAAAUGGCAAUCUACUGGUCACACGACUAGAAGGUGUGGAUACAAAGAUUACAAACAUCAGGAUUGCAACCAAGUCCAAAGGGUACCAGGGUCUGACAGAUGAAGGCUCUCUGAAGAUAUUGGAACAAUUUGCCACCCAGCACCAGUGCAACUACUACUGUGGGCUCCUGGGCCUCAGACCCCUGAAGCCCAUGGACCCCCAGCAGCAGCCAAAGGUGAAGACAUCCAGGAGCCCUUUGCUGGCCAGGAGGCCAGGCCCUGGAUCAGCCAGCCCCCAACUCCAGAAGAAGGGCUCAGGUAGCCCCCAGCUCCAGAAGAAGGGCUCAGGUAGCCCGCAAGUUGCCAGAAAAGGCAGCUCUAGUCCCAAAGUGGUAAAAAAGACUGGGGAAGAUGAGGAGAACAAAGCCACUACCAAGCAUAAGACCGUAGAAGUCCCAAAAGGAGUCAGGAUGAGGUAAAGUAAAAAGAACUAACUGGAUGGCCAAAAGGGAGCAGCCACUAGAACAGACCUCUUUAAUUGUUCAGACUAAUCAAUUGUGUCAUAGUUGUGUUAUACAUAAAAUUUUGAAAAUGCCAAAUGGCUGCACUUUAUCAGUUUAUAAUCUUAGUGGAUUAACUUUACAAGAAUUUAUGACUAAUGACUCCGUUCAUGCCCUAAGCCCAUGGUAUACUAUGCUGCAAUAGAUAUAGUGGUUAAUGACCAUAGGAGUUUGGCAAUUGUAAUAUUUUGUAAAUUGCUCUCCAAUAACUGCUCUCAAGACUUGCCAACUAUUUUUAAAGCUAUGCUGGAGUCAGGAUCCCAAACAAUAAUAUAACAGUAGGAGAAUAAAAAUGAAUAGAUGAUAAAAAAUUAUUUCUUAAGUUAUCUUUUUAAGAUGUUUUAAGAAAAAUUAGUUUAUAGUGCUGAGGAACACAGUAAGAGGGAUUGCUAAAAAUUCCUCUAACAUCUGUGAUGUGUGUGAACUGACCGUACUAAAAUUCUGAUUUUCUUUUGUAGAUAUAAUUGCAUUUAAACUUGCUAGCAGACUUUGUGUUUUGGAACCGUAGCUGUAGUUCUGAUUUGUGGCUAUAGUCUUUUUUUAUGCAUAUAAUUCAGAACCAGCAUUGGCAGUUUAUGUGAUGAUAUUCACUUAUCUUCUCUGAUGUGUAUACAAUUUUUAAAAUGAGAAUGCCAAGUGUUAAGUGAUGAGUGAACAUGUUUUUAUCUUGUGUGAUCAGGUGGAGGGUGGAUGUUUUUGUUAUCACUGUCAAGCUCUUUGGUCUUGUCCUUUUGGACUAGUAACACAUAGAAAGGGCCACACCUCUGUAGCACUAAUUAACUGCACAACAGGAUUUAAAAAUCUUACACUUUUGAGGGUGCUCAUAUCAACAAGUAUUUUUAAUGACCUGUCAUCCUUUAACUUACUGAUAAUACUGAUUAAUUUAUUCAGAUUUUAAUUAGCAAUGAUACAUUUUGUUGCAACAUUGUCACUGACAUAGCAGAUAAUGUUACACAUGAAGGCUUUAAUAGUUGUCCAUGAUUUACCAAUUUUUUAAAUUUUAUUUCAUUUUAUUUUGCUUGUUGUUUUCAUGUCUGAAAGUUUACUAAAGCUGAGGUUUGAAGACUAAAAGGUGUAGUGCUUCAGUGCGGUAAAAAAUAGAACAUAAUUUGGACAGUAUAAGGUAUAUGUGGAGGUGUGUGGGGGGUGUUGUAUGUAUGCGUCAAUAAUAUAUGGAGGGGAAUCAAUUAAUUUGAGUAUUUGUUGUGUAGUGCAUUUUGUUUUUGUAAAUUAAAAUUUGUAAAUCUC